ACCAUUCCCAUCCAUUUUUGGCUCUCUGUAAACCUUCUGGGGAAAUUCUGCACCAAACAGUUUAUCUGAACUCACUGUUGGUCCUCAGAAGUGAACAAAAGUUUCAGCUUUAUCCACUACAGAAGCUAGCUCAAGUUCUGACAGAGGUGAGAGUGCUUGAGCAUGAAUGUGAAGCACAAGUUUGUUGUGCAUGGUUGUUUUGAGUAGUUUGGGAUAUUGAGAUGCAGAGUGCAGGAUGUGAACGAUUGACAGGUGAUAUGUAAUGCAUUGAUUUAGACGAUAGUGACUUGUAUACCGAGAUGACCACCUUAUCACUAAUUGCUGGAAACUGUGGAAGAGGAACAAAAGUUGAAGAUCGGGGAUUCCAAUUGCUCCCUCGAUCUUUAGGAAGGGAUCAUUUUGCUUGUGAGUUUCUUGGAAGCUCAUUCACAAGGGCAAAUCGAAUAUGGUUCAAGGAACUCUGUAGGAACAAGUUCCGUAUUAUUGCAAAAAUUAAAAAGGGAAAGAAGUAUGAUUAUCCAUGGCCUGAUGACAUGGAUAACAUCAACAGUGGACAUUUGACUUACCUCUCUCAUUUCAAGCCACUGACUGAGAAACCGAAGCCGGUUACACUUCCCUUUGAGAAGCCACUUGUUGAUCUUGAGAAAAAGAUCACUGAGGUACGUGCAAUGGCUGAAGAAACUGGUCUAGACUUCAGCAGUCAAAUUAGUCAACUGGAGAACAAGUAUCAACAGGCCCUGAAAGACUUGUACACACAUUUGACACCAAUUCAACGUCUAUCUAUUGCUCGACAUCCCAACAGACCAACAGUACUUGAUCAUAUUUUCAAUAUUACAGAGAAGUGGGUGGAACUCCAUGGAGAUCGUGCAGGCUAUGAUGAUCCAGCUAUUAUUACUGGUCUUGGGAGCGUUGACAGUAAAACCUACAUGUUUAUUGGUCAUCAGAAAGGCAGGAACACGAAGGAGAAUAUAUUUCGAAACUUUGCAAUGCCAACUCCACACGGCUAUUGGAAGGCGCUGAGAAUGAUGAAAUAUGCUGAUCAUCAUAAAUUUCCAAUAGUUACAUUUGUUGACACUCCUGGGGCAUUUGCUGAUCUCAAAUCUGAGGAACUUGGCCAAGGUGAAGCAAUAGCCCAUAAUCUUAGGGCUAUGUUUGGCCUGAAAGUUCCGGUAGUAACUGUCGUAACUGGCGAAGGUGGUUCAGGCGGGGCUCUAGCCAUCGGUUGUGCCAACAAAAUGUUUAUGCUGGAGAAUUCUGCUUUCUAUGUUGCAAGUCCAGAAGCAUGUGCUGCUAUACUGUGGAAAUCUUCCCAAGCAGCACCUAAGGCGGCUGAAAAGCUAAGGAUAACAGCUCAAGAGCAUUACAGAUUGAAAAUUGCUGAUGGUAUCAUCCCUGAGCCUCUUGGUGGUGCGCAUGCCGAUCCUGCAUGGACUUCCCAACAAAUCAAGAAAACAAUUGUCGAGUCAAUAGAGGAAUUGGAAAAAAUGAACACAGAAGAGUUGCUAGAGCACCACAGACUUAAGUUCCGGUCAAUUGGAGGGUUUCAAGAAGGCAUUCCGGUGGAGCCUAUGAGGAAACGCAACAUGAAGCCAUCUGAGAUUAACAUGCCAAAGGCUGCUGAUAUAGAAUCCGAGAUUGAGAUGUUAAAGAAAAAGAUCAUAGAAGCAAAGGGACCAUGUGAUCCAAUUACAAGCCAAGCCAUCGAAAAAAUCAAGCAAGACGUAGACAAGGAGAUCACCAAUGCAUUUAUUUCAAUGGGAUUGCAAGAGAAACUAGAAGCAGUGCAGUUGGAGUUAUCUACAGCCUCACAAGGCACACCAAGUCAGCCCCUCAAUCGUAGCUUGAGGGAGAAAGUGGACAAGAUAAUGCAGGAGUUUAACCACAACUUAUCACGACCAGGGACAUACCUUGGACUUAAACAGAAGCUUGAAAAACUAAACUUGGUCAAUAGGAUCACUGAGAUGGAGCAGCGGACGAAGAAUCUGAAAGCUGAGAUUAAUCAGAAAAUUCCAGCUGAGCUAAAAGCCAAGAUGGAACUUCUGAAGAAUGCUGAAGAAAAGAUAUCCAAAGGAGAAACAAUGGAUGAGGAUUUGAUUGAAGAAGUAGAGGGACUUAAGAAAGAGCUUGUAGAAAUCUUAAAGGCAGCUAAUUUGGAGGUUGUUGGGGUGACCAAGAAAAAUGCGAUCACUGCACCUCCAGAGAAGGAAAAGAUUGAGAAGGUUAACAAGGAGAUAUAUGAGGAAAUAGAGAGAGUUACAAAAAAAACUGGUAUCAGUAAAGAAAUUGAAGACGUGAAAGCAGCUGUAGAGAAAGGCUCAAGCUUGGAAGACAGAGAGAAAGCUGAAGCAAAGAUAAAGCAGGAGAUUCUUGCCACUAUGGAUGUAGAAGCACUGAAAGAGAAGGUUGAGAAUUUAACAGUGGAGUUGGGUCAUCCCAAGGAUAAUGUUGCAGAAGACAAAGUUGGCGCUGGAAAUGGUAGAUUUUAAGAGUGAAAUUGUAGAAACUGUAAUGCCUUUUGAUGAACUUGGAGAUUAGAUAUUGUAAAUGUUUGUUGGGAAUUUGGGAUGUGCACGUCUGAGGUACUAUCUGUAAACUUGGAGAUGCGAAAUGAUGAAUGCUACUCUUCAU